AUGAUUGCCAAACUAGUUUGUUCACGUCAUAAACCAGGACAGCAGACUAUUGUAUUCAAUGAAGCUAUACCUAAAAUUUUCAAAUACACUCCUAUAAAUGAAGUCCGAAAUCUUGGUGGCAAAUUAGGAAGAGCAUUAAUGGAAAAAUUCGAUAUCAAAACAAUGGGAGAAUUAUCAAAAAUAUCGAUGUCUAAUCUCAACGAAAGUUUUCCAACUCAAUCAAAAUGGGUGUACAAUAUUGCACGCGGUAUCGACGAAGAAAAAGUUACUGCACGUGAUAAACAAAGCUCGGUUGCUGUGAGUAAAAAUUUUCCUGGUUCUAAUGCUCUAAAAACGGAUGUUGAUGUGAAAUUUUGGCUAGAAGGUUUAAUCAAAGAAUUGGUGAAACGCUUAAUUGACGACCAAGUAACGAAUAUUCGAACCGCUUCAACACUCCAUAUUGGCUGCACAACCGAUAUUCAUCUUGCCAGAAAUAUGGAGAUGAAGACAUAUGAUCCAAAAGCUUUAUUUACUUCAGUUUGGAGUAUUUUUCGACAUAUUAACAAAUCGAGAAUACCUGAAACUUGGGAUCCAUCGGUGAAGAAUAUUACGCUUUCUGCAAGUCGAUUUCGGGAAGGGAUUGAUGGCCGUUCGAAACAAAUCACAGAAUGGGUAACAAAAGCAGUGGAUAGAACGGCGAAUUCAAUAGUAGAAGCUUCCUCGAGUACAGAUAUUAGAAAUGCAGUCAUAUCUAGUGAAAAGAUGAGUAUGCAUUAUUCACAAAGACAGAUACAAGAACAAGAUGAUGACAUACAGAUUAUUUCUGAUGUAAGGAAAGAAACAAGAGGUAUCAAUGUUGCUCUGCGUCCUAAAACAACUGUUAAAAAACAAAGAAGGAAAGGAGUACGAAAAAAGUCAAGUCCACCAGUGAAGAAGAUAUCAGAUUUUUUUAAAAAACAAUGA